AUGGCCACGUGGGUGGACUUGGUGGUGGUGUCCAGCCAGCCCCACGAUCUUCAGUCCUGCAUCGCGGACACCCUCCACUACGAGGGUUUCGGGGAGAUCAAAGUGCCCUCCGGCUCGGAGAUGACCUUCAGCUUCCGCUUCGAGGACCCGGUGACGCACCAGCAG